AUUAGGAAAUCGAUCGAAAUUGAUUUGAAGCCACUCAAACGUCAGCGAAAUGCCAAAGUGGUCACAUCUGUGUCUGGUCGCAGUGCUGCUGGCCACGGUCAGCUGCACGGAUAUCGAUUGGUGGGAGAACGCAUCGCUGUACCAGAUCUAUCCGCGCUCCUUCCAGGACAGCAAUGGCGACGGCAUCGGUGACCUGCAGGGCAUCACGUCGCGGCUGAGCUACCUGAAAGAGAUCGGCAUAACGGCCACAUGGCUGUCGCCCGUUUUCACAUCGCCCAUGUCGGAUUUUGGUUACGACAUCUCCAACUUCUUCGACAUUGAUCCCAUCUUUGGAAACCUCGAUGACUUUGAUGCGCUUAUUGUGGAGGCCAAGUUGCUGGGGGUGAAAAUCAUACUGGACUUUGUGCCCAAUCAUUCGAGCGAUGAGAAUGAGUGGUUCGAAAAGUCUUACAACCGCGUGGACGGUUACGAUGACUUCUACGUGUGGCACGAUGGCAGGGUGAAUGCGGAAACCGGCGAACGGGAGCCGCCCAGCAACUGGAUCAGCGUGUUUGGCGGUCCACAGUGGACGUGGCACGAAACGCGACAGCAGUACUUCCUGCACCAGUUCCAGGUGAAGCAGCCGGACCUCAACUUCACCAAUCCCAUGGUGCGCGAGCACAUGCUGCAGGUGCUGAAGUUCUGGCUGGAUAGGGGUGUCGAUGGUUUCCGCAUUGAUGCGGUGCCGCACAUCUACGAGUACCGCAAUGCGGAUGGCUCCUAUUCCGACGAGCCCGUCAGUGGCUGGGGUAGCAAUCCGGACGCCUACGACUACCAUGAUCAUAUCUACACCAAGGAUCAGCCCGCCACUGUUGAGCUGAUGUACGAGUGGCGUGCGUUCCUGGACCAGUACCGAGCGGAGAAUGGUGGCGACUCCAGGGUUCUGCUGGCCGAGGCCUUCUCCUCGGUGGAGACGCUCAGCGCGUACUUCGGCAAUGGCACACACUUGGGCACCCAGCUGCCCAUGAACUUCCAGCUGAUGUACCUCAGCGGCUACUCCACGGCGCGGGAUGUAGUGAACUCCAUUGACUACUGGAUGAAUACCAUGUGGAAGGAGCACCAGACAGCCAAUUGGGUGGUGGGCAACCACGACACCAAUCGCGUGGCGGACCGCAUGGGUGCCCACAAGGUGGAUCUGUUGAACGUUAUCGUAAGUGCACUGCCCGGUGCCUCGAUCACCUACUACGGCGAGGAGAUUGGCAUGUCAAAUGUGGAUGUGGAGUGCACCGGCGACACCUGCGAAGAUCGGGAUGGGGAGCGCACACCCAUGCAGUGGACAGCCGGCCAGAAUGCCGACUUCACCCAGGGACAGAGCACCUGGCUGCCCCUCAAUCCCGACUAUGUUCGCUUCAACGUCCAGACCGAACGUGGAGUGGCGCGUUCAUCGCUCAACAUCUUUAAGGGCAUGCAGGCGCUGAAGAGCAGCUCCGCUUUCCAAGCCUUCAAGCAGGAAGGCGGCUUCUCCUAUGAGGCAAUCACGGAGCAAGUCUUGCAGAUCAUACGCACAAACAAGUACAGUGAGGAAUAUCGCAUACUGGUGAACAUGGGCAACGGCAUGGAAAUAAUCGAAGGACUGGCCGACAAGGUCUUUGAGUAUGUCCUCACCACUGCCUACUCCCCGCACCAGCAAGGCCAAACUGUUGAUCUGAGGGAACGCAUUCUGCUUAUGCCCUACGAAGCUGUCGUUCUACGCUGGGUCGCCUGAACCAGCCGCACCAGUACUAGCAAUAAAUUAUAAUCUAUUUUAAA